AUUCACUUUCAUCAGCCUAAAAAUACCGUGAUUUAUAGACCCAAACGGAAUGGAAGAGCUCUCUAAACACGCACCCACUCAAAGUCUUUGUUUAUUAUUCCUCUGGUGAUUAAUAUUCACGAAACGAGUACCGGCAGUGCAAUUAUUUUAUCGGUUUUGUGCAAUACUACAAAUCUGUUAUUUCCGCUCUUUGUUUAACCCGUGAAACGUGCCAGUGCAUCCUUGUCUAGCAACAACCAAAAAUAACCUUUCGGUUGACACGUGUUAAAAAUUCACGUGUAAGAAGAAAAACCGUUACAACAUGAAUAUACCAAACGGCAAUAGAUGUUCGAAUAAGCUGACUAAUGGCAAUUCAAACAUUCCGUUACGGAGGCCCUCGCUGAAUCGGCCGCAUUCGACGACACCGCCACCGUCGCCCUCCCGAAUUCCGGUGAAUAAUCCGGAGGCUCAAAAAUGGAAACUGAAGUACGAAGACACGGAGCAAAAACGUAAAAGUAUCCUCAGCGAGAAGGAAAAAAUUGCGAGACAGUAUAAUGAUUUGCAACGAAAAAACCUGGACCUCCAACUCAAAAACGAACAGUUGGAAACAGAAUUGUUUGAAAAAAACGAACAGUAUUCAAAACUAUCGGAAGCUUCGAAAAGCGUGUACAAAGAGUACGAAAAGUUGAAACACCGAUAUGAAACGGAAACUACGGCAAUGUCGAGCGCCCUUCAAGACGCCUCAAACUGGUACAAAGAAAACAAAGCCCUGAAGCGAAAAACAAUGCUUCUCUUGGACACGGACACGGUUGACGAAGGUGUGGACGCUGGUGAGUCGACCGGAGACUCCGACAUCGAAAAUUUGAACAAAACCAUCAAACAAUUGAGUUCGGAAAUUGCGGAAUUGCAAACCGAAGUCGAUACUUUGAAGCACGUCGAGUUCACAACCACUGAGCAAAACAUAAAACUAUCCGAGGAGUUGGAGUUUGAGAAAGAGAAAAACAAGAAACUGGAGCACGAUUUCCACGAGCUGAAAAAACAGUACGAGCAGAUAAUCCGAGUUUCGGAAAUGAUGAAAAACGAGCUGACUCACUUGAAAGAGGUGGAGGAGAAGCAACGAAACAGUGUUGUGAUUUUGAGACGCGAAGCUGAUGAUUAUAAGAAAGAACGAAACGUUCUGGCACACCAAAGUACGCUGCUGCUCGAAGGGCUGGGGAGCGAGAACCAGGACAACUUCAUGGUCCUGCUCCAGGACGUGGAGCAGAUGAAGCGGACUCUGGAGGAGGAGCGGAACCGCCACGAAGAGGAGGUGAGCUCGCUCCAGGAGAAACUGGAGAUGGCUGAGAAGAAUUCGCAAGUUGAAGUGCUUGAAGAACGGCUGAAGCUGGCCGAGGCCGAGCUGCAGGAGGCGCUGGAACGGGCGGAAAGGGCCGAGGAGGCGCUCAAGAGGCCACCGGCGCCGCCGCCGCCACCGCCACCGGCGCUCUUUAGCGAACCCCCGACCGUUCCCUUGAGGGUGAAACGGAGGUCGAAGGUCAAUAUUGCCGAACUUGCGGAUGUGAUCGGGGUUAAAGAACCGGCGGUCCCUGAUUGCAAAAAGGUAACGGGGGUUAAUGACGAUAUUAUCAAUACGAUAAAGUCGGGGAAAUUUACCCUGAAAAAGGUCAAAAACGAUAACAAGAAGGAACGCGAGGGGACUAAGGCCGUGUCCGAGCUUUUGAACAUCUUGGGAAGUUUGCGGAAAGCGCCGAAAAGUCGGCAAAGUUUGAGUAAUGGGGACGUUGCAUUGUAGUAUGAUAGUCAUGUAUUAUAGCUGCCAUAUUUUUGUAUUUUUUAUAUUGUUGUUGAAUAAAAGAGUUUAUACAAA